AUGGCAAACAUGAAAAAACUGUCACCCACUUAUGGAGAUAUGGUCACCAUUCUCAGCAUUGACGGAGGAGGAAUUCGGGGUAUAAUCCCUGCAGCUAUCCUUCAAUUCCUAGAGACAGAGCUUCAGAAGCUCGAUGGUCCGGGUGUCAGAAUAGCUGAUUAUUUCGAUGUUGUGGCGGGGACAAGCACAGGAGGACUCUUUAGAGCGAAGUUAACUGCUCCAAACAUGCAAAACAGACCAAUGUUUGCGGCCAAGGAUGUUACACAGUUCUAUUUGGACGAGAGUUCUAUUUGA